UCAGGAUCCAGGCCACGCCCCUUUCCCUUUGGCUUUGGGAUAAUGUAGCUUUUUGUCAAGGGCCCGCUGCUGGGAGUAAAGCGGCGCCCGGUCCCUUGAAACGGCGAUAUAACGUGUUAUGGAGGCGUCAUCGAGUCAGGUGAAUGAAUUCUCCGGGUGGAAGAGGCAGAAAGAAGAAAGGUUCAGGCGGCCCCAGCGCACCGUUAGAAGGCGCCGGCUCCGAUCAGGUGUCCCUGCAUAGGAGGAAUCUGUACUACUUCUCGUACCCGCUUCUGGCGGCGUUUUCCGUGCUGCGCCUCCUGGCCCUCUACAUGGGGCUGUUAUUUGCCUGGGUGUGCGAGCGCCUGUCCCAAGCCGUAGCGACCAGGGCCAAGGUGCCUGAGCAGCACGCCGGCAAGGAAACGGAGGACUGCGGCGAGCAGAUCCGCAGCCACCACAAGCAGGCCUUCGAGUACAUCUCUGUGGCUUUAAGGAUCGACGAGGAUGACAAGGGUCAAAAGGAACAAGCAGUUCAGUGGUACAAGAAGGGAAUUUUGGAGCUGGAGAAGGGCAUUGCAGUGGAGCUUUCGGGACGAGGAGAGAAGUAUGACCGAGCAAAACGGCUCCAGGCAAAGAUGACCACAAACCUUGUUAUGGCUAAAGAUAGGCUCCAGCUUCUAGCCAGUGGAGCACUUCCAAAAAAGAAGGACCCCUUGACCCAUUCCAGUCACUCCCUGCCACGACCAAAGCACGCACCAAAGACUUCCCCAGGGGGUGGCCGUAAGCACCAACGCUCGCCCAGCUACAGCGGGCCCUCCAGCUCCAGCACGCCCAGGUCACCCCCCCAGCCCUCCAGCAGCCACAGGGUCGGCGCGAGAGCCGGGAGUCGGCAGAAUUGUAAAGCCACGACCUCUGCGACGACUCCACCCCGAAAGAGGGAGCUGAAGAACUUCAAGAACGUGGACAGCAAGCUGGCCAACCUCAUCCUGAAUGAGAUCGUCGACAGCGGGACCCCUGUCAGCUUCGAGGACGUCGCUGGGCAGGAUCUUGCCAAGCAAGCGCUCCAGGAGAUCGUCAUCCUUCCUGCCUUACGGCCGGAGUUAUUCACGGGUCUUCGGGCCCCUGCCAGAGGCCUCCUCCUCUUUGGCCCCCCUGGGAAUGGGAAGACUAUGCUGGCCAAAGCUGUAGCUAUGGAGUCCAGUGCGACCUUCUUUAGCAUAAGUGCUGCCACCCUCACCUCCAAAUACGUGGGAGAAGGAGAAAAGCUUGUCAGGGCCCUCUUUGCUGUGGCCAGGGAGCUGCAGCCCUCCAUCAUUUUCAUAGACGAAAUCGACAGCCUCCUCUGCGAGAGGCGAGAGGGGGAGCACGAUGCCAGCCGCCGCUUGAAGACCGAGUUCCUAAUCGAAUUCGACGGGGUGCAGUCGGGCAGUGAGGACCGGGUUCUGGUGAUGGGGGCUACAAACAGGCCUCAGGAGCUGGACGAAGCAGUUCUCAGGCGAUUUGCAAAACGGGUAUAUGUGACUUUACCAACAGAAGAGACGCGGUUGAAACUGAUAAAGAAUCUCUUGGGGAAGCAUGGAAAUCCGCUCACCCAAACGGAGCUGGUUAAACUGGCCAGAACGACUGAAGGCUAUUCAGGGAGUGAUCUGACUUCAUUAGCUAAAGAUGCAGCUCUGGGUCCCAUAAGAGAACUAAGACCAGAACAGGUGAAGAACAUGGCUGCUAAUGAGGUGCGAAAUAUCCGCUUCAACGAUUUCAUAGAGUCGUUGAAGAAAAUCAAGCGCAGCGUCGCCCCCCAGACCCUCGACCUGUACGUGCGCUGGAACAGAGAGUACGGGGACACCACUGCGGUGUGAAACUGCGCCCCCUUGUGCCCUGCGGCUGUCAAGACAACACUGGGUGGUGGGAAGGGGUGGGUCGAGGAUAGGAGUUGGCAUUGGAAAUUCAGGUUAAGGUCUCCUUGACUGUCUGUCUGGUUUAGUAUUUUCCUUCAAAGAAGGGCAAGCUAUGGACAGAGCAAACAGCAGUAACCUUGUGCACAAACAUGUUCAUUGCUUACCGCUGGGUAGACGUACUGCAGUCUCCUGAAUGUGUAGUUACUGUCGUCACCGACCGGAUGAGCUCUCUCCCAGUCGCUUGAAGUACUUCAAAAGACCUUGCAAGGAUGCUAACAAGUAGCCAGUAGCCACUCCGCUACUUUACAAGUUGCGUGACACUUGUGAUAAUAACCGCGCCCUAUUUAACAGCUACACUUGCCCUCUGGUUCCUGCCCCAGCGCCCUCCUGUGGUUGCAUGACAGCUGUGCAGUUGUGGGUUCGCACAGUAAGCUGUCCGGGGGUGUCCCACUGGGGGGUUUUUAGUGUCUGAGCCCAUGGCCUCGCUUGGACUCCUGGGCAACUAUCCACUGCUCAGAUCGCCGGCAUUCAUUUAACUUUAAGAUGGCGUACGCAAAGAUGGCGUAAGAUGGCGUACGCAAGGGCCGACUUCGCUCGUGUCUGUUUCCACGGCUGUCAUUUGUGUAAUGAGCACCUAGCCUUGAUGUGAUGAGCUUCAGCGUCUGCUAGACAGUAGAAAGAUCCGUGCCUUACAUGGGGGGGGGGGCGGCACGGGGCCUCCCUUUCAAGCUUCCUGGAUCGUCUGAAACGUGGGCAAGGUUUUAAUAAACUCGUUCCCUCAACUUUGUGUCACAUUGUCGUUGCUCUGAUAGGCCUACAGUGCCAAAGGAAUGACAUCAUCGCGUUCUACGCAUGUGGACCUGCAUACAAAUAACUUUAUAAGAGGGAAGUCAGUGCCGUAGUGCCAUCGCUGCAAAUUCUGACCUGCAGCUGUUUAACUUCUGCAUCUUUUCUAUAGUUUUUUAUGGUGCAGCUUGCAGUUGACAAGGCGCUUCCUGCAUUUUUCUCCCUGAGCUGCGUCUGAGGCCAUUUGAAGUCUCAUGUCUUUCUUUUCUACUGUGAAUUUGGAAUAAGAUAUCGCACAGACCUGUGUAAAGCAUUUUUGCCUGAUUAACUUUUGUACUUUGAUGGACUUGUUUCUCCACCAAUAGAGGGCAGCAAAGAGACCUUUUACUGGGAACCUAAUUUACAAAUGUACUUCCACGCCAUAACCAGUUAUCCAGUAUAGAUGGAUAAUGGACACAAUUUUACAUGUAGUUAUUUUUACAUUUGUGACAAUUUAAUGAUUUUUCCUGCCAACAGCAAAUUAGUUUUAACUGGCCAGUGUUGCUGAUUGUUUUACUAUGCAACCCCCCCCCCCCCCCCCCCCACAAUGAGCAACACGUGAGGGUUGUCAGACUUUUUCCUGUGAUUUCAUAACAUUUUCAUAACCUUUGGAUGUUUGGUCAACCUUUUGAUCCUUUAUCAAUGGCACAUGCUGAUUAAGACAAAUUAAAUGCGUGUUAAUUCUGCUAUAUUUAUAAUGGUAACUGAAUACUUGAGCCAAGUUGUUGUAUUUGCCAUGUGCCAUUCCUGUUUCUUUUUUAAACCAUGUAUAUAUCUGCUUUUUCUUUUUGGACUUGAGCCUUUUUUGAAUUUAACGGCGCACAUUUAGUUUGAUAGAAAAGACUUGACCUGUCUAGAUUGACUUUUGUGUGUUUCUAAUAAAUGUGUUCUUUCUGGAGUUUAUUUUGUUACUGUGUGGGAGGGGGCACUUGGUGCGGAGUUGGGUCUGAAGAAGGGGGUCAACAUUAUUAAUCUUUCUUAAGGCACUCGAGCAAUUUGAAACUUUAAUGGACUUACGGUCUUUUAAUGAAAAUGCCGUCUUUGAACAAGCUCAUUAUCCUCACAUUUUAUCCAGUCAUCAAAAAUUUUAUAAACCAUUAUAUGCUGCAUUACAAAAGGUGAAAGGUUUUAUUUUAAUGCAAUUAGCAUUUGUGCCACCUGGUGGUUGAAUCUUCUGUCAUGAGUCGUGUUGUGUUCAGCUGUACGAAGGGCAGUUCUUUUAUAUUCCAUUAUGCUUUAAAUGUUGCCAUAGAAAUCGAGUAUCUCAUCAAACUGCAACUUGCUUCUCAUAUUAGGAGAUAUAUGUACAAACAUGAUCUAGUGAUUAAACCAUGUUGAAUCAUUGCAAACCACUUUUAUUUAAUCAUUUGUAAGUAGUGAGUAUUCUGCAUUAUCAGUAAAUAAAAGGGUGAUGUCGUAGUAAAUAUGUAA